AUGAGGAACACCAUUAAGGAUGAUAAGAUUGCAGGUAAACUUGAUUCAACUGACAAAAAGAAGAUUGAGGACGCCAUUAAGCAGGCUAUCCAGUGGCUAGACAUCAACCAGCUUGCUGAGGCAGAUGAGUUUGAGGACAAGAUGAAAAAACUUGAAGGCCUCUGCUACCCUAUCAUUGCAAAGAUGUACCAGGGUGGUGCAGGUCCUGACAUGGGUGCUGCUGCAGAUGAUGAUGAUGCUCCUACUGGUGGAAGUGAUGUAGGUCCCAAGAUUAAGGAAGUUGACUAA